AUGUCAAGUGAAGAAGGAUGGAUAGCUCCCUUUGAAGAAGAACUGGCAGCUAGUCAUCCGUCAUCGACUUUACAAAGAGGUGGAUUCGAUCCACAAGCUGGAAUCUACCAUUCAUUACACAAACUCAAAGGGACUAAUCAGAAGAUCCCAAUUAGGCCUAAUCUUGAUACAGCUGCAUUUGUUCUAUCACAGUUCCCACCUGUUGGCCAAGCUGAGAAACUCGUUGCGUUCAUUGAUUCAGCUACUAACCAGAGAGUCACGUACGCUCAACUCAAACUAUCCAUCUACAAAUUGGCCACAGGUCUGUACCAUGGACUUGGGGUGAAGAAGGGUGAUGUUAUCUUUGUCCUGUCACCAAACUCUCUUUUGUAUCCAACCAUAUGUCUUGCAGUACUCUCUAUUGGGGCGGUCCUAACCACAGCCAACCCGCUUAACACUGCAUCAGAAAUUGCAAAACAAGUAAGGGACUCGGGUGCAAACCUUGCCAUUGCCACCCCAGAAGAGGCGGAUAAGCUGCUUCCAACCGGAGUGCCUACCCUCCUCACUUCGCGUAGUAAAGAUGGUGUUGCACUUUCAGUUGAGGAGUUGAUUGAUUGCUGUGAGCCUCUAGAAUUACCAUCAGCUCGGCCAGCUCUUUCGGACACUGCUGUCAUACUUUACUCUUCAGGGACUACUGGAGCAAGCAAGGGUGUAGAAAUAACCCACUCAAAUUUGAUGUCCAUUGUGAUACUCCUCAGGUGGUCUGCAGAAGUGUCAUCAUCUCUGGAUGAUGUGUUUUUGUGCUUCAUUCCCAUGUUUCAUGUCUAUGGCCUUGCAUUUUUUGCUCUGGGGUUGCUUGCUUGUGGAACGACUAAUGUGGUAAUGCAGAAAUUUGAUUUCCAAGCAAUGCUGGAGGCAAUUCAAACUCACAAAGUCAAUAACAUUCCGGCAGUUCCACCAGUGAUACUUGCCCUGGUUAAGUACGACCAAGGUGGUUAUGACCUGUCAUCCUUGCGAAGGGUCGGAUCUGGGGCUGCCCCGUUGAGCAAAGAAGUUACUGAUGGGUUUAGAAAGAAGUUUCCUGGGGUGGAGAUGAGGCAAGGCUAUGGACUGACUGAAAGCUGCGGUGCAGCUACAUUCUUUGUGUCAGAUGAACUAGCUAAGACUCAUUCAGGCUCAUGCGGACAAUUGAUUCCGAGCUUUACUGCCAAGGUGGUGGAUGUCGAGACUGGCGUGGCACUGCCACCGUUCAGAAAAGGAGAACUGUGGUUUAAAAGCCCAGCAGUGAUGAAAGGAUAUCUGGGGAACCAGGAAGCUUCGGCUGCAACAAUUAAUGCAGAUAGGUGGCUGCAAACAGGAGACCUGGGUUAUUUUGAUGAGGAUGGCUGUUUAUACAUAGUUGAUCGGGUAAAGGAGCUUAUCAAGCAUAACGGUUAUCAGGUAGCUCCGGCAGAGUUGGAAGCGACGCUUUUGAGCCACACUGAUAUACUGGAUGCAGCAGUUGUGCCGCUAGACGAUGAAGAAGCUGGACAGAUUCCAAUUGCGUAUGUGGUAAAAGCAGCUAAUUCUGAACUCACAGAAGAUCAGGUCAUUCAAUUUGUUGCUAGCCAGGUUGCCCCAUACAAGAAAGUUAGAAAAGUGAGUUUCAUCGAUGCCAUACCAAAGUCAGCAGCAGGAAAAAUUCUGCGGAAGGAUCUUGUUUCACAAGGAAAACAGAAAUUUGUAUCCAGAUUAUAA